UUGAGCUGCGAGUCAGAAAAUCAACACCGUAUCAGUAAUUCUCAGAAAUGCUUCUUUAGUCAAAGGAGGGUUCUUGUUCUGGAGAUGCUACCGGCUCUGGUUUUAGUUCUGAGUCUUGCCUCUGAGGUUCGUUCUUUUGAACCGUCAUCUGUAGACUUCCAGUACCGGGUUUGGGAGGAACAGCCGGCAGGAACUCUGGUCGGCCGUCUGGUGGACGACCUUCGACAGAGGGAUGAAGGUGGGUCUCUGGAGGACUUCCAGGUGGUGGAGCAUGGCCACACCCUUCCCUUCUCCGUCGGUGUUCGAGAUGGGGUCAUCUCCACCCAGAGCCGGCUAGACAGAGAGGAGCUGUGUCGGGGUUCCAAUCUGUGUGAGUUGGCCUUCAGUGUUCUCUACAGGAAAAACGGUGCUGUGAACUGCUUGAGGGUCCAUGUGGAAGUGAUGGACCUGAACGAUCACAGCCCCACUUUCCCCAGUGCUUUGCAGGAAUUGGAGGUCUCAGAGACAGUCGGUCUCCAAAUGAGAAUUCCCUUGGACCGGGCAGUCGAUCCAGAUGCAGGCCCCAACAGCCUCCAAACCUACUCGCUGUCCAUAAAUACGCACUUUGAUCUGGAUGUGACAACUGCUCCAGGUGGGACAAAACAGGCAGAGCUGGUGGUUAUCAAAGAACUGGACAGGGAGGUUCAAGCUCACUUUGAACUCACCCUGACUGCAUGGGAUAAAGGAAAUCCCCCUAGAUCUGGGAGCACUUUAAUUCACGUUAAUAUCCUGGAUUCAAACGAUAACAGCCCCGUGUUUGAAGACAGCAUCCACACCAUGGAGCUCAGUGAGGACACACCUCGUGGGACAACGAUCAUCAACCUCAAAGCCACUGAUCCAGACCAGGGUGCUAAUGGUGAAGUGGUAUAUUCUGUCAGUAAGCACACCCAUCCCGAGGUUCAGAGGCUCUUUACUGUGGACCCACAAACUGGAGCCGUGACCCUGAGGGGUCCUCUAGACUAUGAGGCCGAGUCCUCGUUUGAAGUGAUCAUACAGGCCCGUGAUCAAGGUCCCAAUGCCAUCCCCUCCCACUGCAAAUUACACAUCAAACUAAAGGAUGUCAAUGAUAAUGCUCCAAGGGUACACAUGACCUGGACCCCACCCAACUCACCUGGAGCGACUGUGCUGGAAGGAGCAGCGGAGAAUACUUUCCUUGCCCUGGUGAUGGUUUCUGAUGCAGAUUCCGGAAACAAUGGCAAAGUGAGCGCUUACAUCCAGCAAGGAUCUGGGCCUUUCACCCUGAAAAAGAUCCACGGUGACAAUUACAUGAUCAUGACCAAUGGCAGCUUGGACAGAGAACAGGUCAUGCGGUAUAACCUUACACUUGUUGCCCAAGAUUAUGGAGAUCCUCCACUGUCCUGUGUAAAGCACCUUCCUGUUCUUGUCCUGGAUGAAAAUGACAAUGCCCCCAUUUUCUCCUCACACAUUUACAAGGCAUCUUUCAAAGAGAACAAUGUCAUAGGAUACCACGCCCUCAGAGUUGAAGCUGAUGAUAUGGACUUGCAGCUCAGUGGCAGAGUCUCCUACUUUAUACAAAAUUCUGAAGACAUGGAGUCUCCUGUGGUAAACUUCUCCAUUCACCCAACCAGUGGUGUGAUAAGUGUCCAGAGGUCUUUGGAUUAUGAGGAAUCCCAUACCUACUCAUUGAUAGUGGAAGCAGUGGACCACGGCCACCCACCCCUCACGAGUACUGCCACUGUACACAUCAACAUCCAGGAUGAGAAUGACAACUACCCGGUUAUCAAGGAGCCAAAACCAAGGAAUGGUGUGGCAUUAGUCAGUGUACCCGUUGAUACAGACAAGGGUGAGAUUGUGUCCGAACUGAGGGCAGAGGAUGUGGAAGAGGGAUCCACCAAUUUGCCAGUCAUUCCCUCAGUCAAAGGUGGUCUUCUGAGAUUCCUGGCAUCCACCAUAAAGGCUGAAGAUGCAGACUCUGGGCUGAAUGGACAGCUCCGCUACAUCAUCAGUGGUCAACACCCUGGAGGACUCUUCUGGUUGGAUCAUGUCACAGGCCACCUCUUUGUAAACACAACCAAUGCUACUGAGCUCAUUGGGCAAACCUUUAAGGUUGACAUUGUGGUUGCAGACUUGGGCAGUCCAAGCCUGGUCUCCAAGGUAACAUUUCAAGUCACAUUCAUUAACCUUAAAGACCAUCUGAAGAACUCGUCUCCCAGCAACCGUGGACAGCUGAGCUUCACCAUGGUGAUGGUGAUCUGCUUGAGUGCCACCUGCUUGCUGGUCUUCCUGACCAUUACUUUGGUCACGACAAUAUGUCGUCCAGAGAAACGAGACAACCGUGCUUACAACUGCAGACAGGCAGAGUCGAGUUACACCCGACACCCGCGGCGUCCACAGAAGAACAUCAGGAAGUCCGACAUUCAAAUCAUUCCUGUCAUCAGGGGCCGAAAAGAGGAGCCUCAGGAGGAAGAUGGUGAAACCAAGGCACUGGCUCCACCUCCUCUGAUAUCAGAGGACCAACAAACCAAGAGCCAGUAUAGAUUAAUGACAUCGGUCAUAGAUUCCAGCUUCCAAUACCAAGACUACACCGAGCGGGAAGCUGAUCUACCGAUCAGUAACCACGGUAGAACACUCCAAAAACCUGGAAACAUCAAACUGAAUGGCACUUUCCCUGUGACCCCCACCACGUCAUACCCGACCCUCCGCAAACCCAGAAACUCUUCAUCAUCAUCCUUCCUGUCACAGUCAAGCACCUUGAAAUGCCCAAAUAAUCCUGAACGGGACCAGGUCGGACCGCCGUGUUCAGCAUCCCAAACAACUCCCAGGAGGCCGAAGACCUCAGAGGGACACGGAGAACAGGAAGUGAUGCUGCAAAACCUGGUUCGACUUUCCAUUGCUGCAUUCGAGAAUGCCAUUGAGCUUUCUGCAGCUUCGCCAGAGGUGCAGCAGAUCUCCCAGCUCCUCUCCCUCCUCCGGCAGGGACAGCUGCAGCCCAGGCCAAACUUCCGCGGAAACAAAUACUCUCAUCGCAGGUUUGGAGGUCAGGACUGUUCUGACUGGCAGAGCACCAAAGACAGCGGACACGGCGAGAGCGAGGCCGGGGACGUGGACUGGGAACCAGGAAGAGACUCACCUGUUGACCUGCAGCUGGAGGAGGGACUUAACCACCUGCUGAGUAACACAGAUGACGUCUUCUCGGACGGUGGUGACCCCGCCUGGAUGGCCAGACUCUCUCUCCCACUCGCAGGCAAUUACCAUGACAAUGUUUUUGUCCCUAAUGGACCUCCGUCCACUGACAGCGAGCUCCUCCCCCGGGAUGGCUUAGACUCCUCCUCCUUCUCCACCUUUGGUAAGGCGCUGGAUAAGGACAGCCCACUGGGCGGGGCUCUGCUGUCUGAGGUCAGCACGCUUUUUGAGAUGCUGAUGACGCAGAAGGCCGACACCCAUCCCGGCCCGCGGCCCGAUGUCCUGUACAGACUGUCUGCCGCGUACCGUCGCUCACUGGGCCUCGAGGGCGCCAACAGCACUGCAGGCAACGCACCGAGGAACACUGGGAAAACCGACCAGAAAUUGUGUUUGGCUCCGCCCACAGGGUUUUAUCAAUAAGUCAUAGCCAGUCACAGAACACAAACUGUUUGUUUUGUUUUUUUGGGGGGGGGUUUCUGGGUCCUUAUAUGAUGAAACUCAAUAAUUUUACGACAGAAUCGUUUGAAUGUGUAAAUAACAAAUGAACCAACGAAUGAAUCUACAAACAAAAGUAUGAAUGAACCUAUGAACGAAUGAACCUAUGAACAAUCCAAUGAAUGAACAAACGGACCUACAAACUCACGAACCUAUAAACGAAUUAACCUACGAAUGAACAAACAAUCCUACAAAUGAACAUAUGCAUGAAUAAAUGAACAUACAAACAAACCUACGAACGAGCCCUACAAACGAACAAACCAAUGAACGAAUGAACAAACGAACCUACAAAUGAACCUAAGAAUGAACAAACGAUCCUACAAAUGAACCUAUGCAUGAAUAAACGUACAAACAAACCUACGAUCUCACAAACCUUCGAAUGGACAAACCUAUGAAGGAACGAACCUACGAACAAACAAACCUAUGAAUGAAUGAUCCUAUGACUGAAUGAACCUACAAAUGAACAAACGAACCUUCGAAUGAACCUAUGAACGAGCAAACUUAUGAAUGAAUGAACAAACCUACGAACAAAUGGACAUACGAAUGAACCUUUGAAUGAACCUUCAAGAAAUAACUUUCUCCAACCUCCAAGAAAUUAUAGUUUUGGCCGAUGGAGAUGCAAAACUGCCUGAAUUUGUGUUAAUGUGUGCGUGCGUGUAAGUCCUUUACAUUUAGAGCGGUAUGUGGAUCAAACAGCUCCCCCUAGUGUCUAAAACCACCCACUGAAGAAUAGAUUAUUUUUAAUAAAAUCAGAUCAGUUUGAAAGAAACAGUUUCGUCAUUAAAAAAUGUGAUUAAAUUUAAUUCAUUCAAUUUCCAUACAUGGAAAAAGUCCAAUAUAUAAAUAUAAAACUUGAGAUAAAUAAAGAUUAAUUUAAAAACUGGAUGGAAAGUAAAAAGUGUGAUUUAAACAUUUUAAGAAAUGUUGAUAUUUUAAUAUGUAAAGUAAUUAAAUACUUAAUAAUAAUAGGUCUGGCUCUGGAAGCAUGAGCUGGUGCAGCGAAUCUCUGUGUCCACCAAGAACCAGCCUGGGUCCUGGAUGGCAACCACUCGGACAGACAACAGAUCCAUCCCCACUUCUCCAAAGUAACCAUGACCUGCU